AACUGCGGGGAUUUAAAAAGAUCAGAAAACACGGCAGGUUUCAGAGGGGACCGGGUUUCCCUCACAGCGAUCAGAACCACGGGGAUUUAAAGAGAGAAAACACGGCAGGUCUCGGAGCGGGCCGGGUUCCCCUCACAGCCAUCAAAAUCGCGGGGAUUUAAAAAGAUCAGAAAACACGGCAGGUCUCGGAGCGGGCCGUGCCCCCUCACGCCGCACCACCGAGCCCGGUCCUCCCGCCGGGAGCGGCCGCGGCGCUCCGCCCGCAGCGCUCGCUGGUUCCGGGGCGUGCCGGGCAUGGCGCUGGCCGGGGACGAGCCCUUCAGCCCCUCGGUGCUGGGCACCAGGGAGCACUGGGAUGCUGCGUACGAAAGAGAACUGCAAACUUUUCAAGACAUUGGAGAUACCGGGGAAAUCUGGUUUGGAGAAGAAAGCAUGGUGCGCAUAAUCAGGUGGUUGGAAAAGCACAAGGUCCCCCUUGACAGCUCUGUCCUUGACAUUGGGACUGGCAACGGCGUUUUACUGGUUGAAUUGGCAAAGUCUGGCUACAUGAAUCUCACAGGGAUUGAUUAUUCACCUUCUGCAAUACAGCUUUCAGAAAAAGUAAGAGAGAAAGAAGGGAUGUCUAACAUUAAAUUAAAGGUAGAAGACUUCCUGGCACCCUCAGCUGAGCUGUCAGGCUUUGACAUUUGCAUUGACAAGGGGACUUUUGAUGCCAUAAGCCUGGACCCCAGUGACGCGGCGGGGAAGAGGACGCUGUACGUGGGAUCCCUGGGCAGGGUGCUGAAACCAGAGGGCUUCUUCCUCAUCACCUCUUGCAACUGGACCAAGGAGGAGCUGCUGAACGAGUUCAGAGAAGGAUUUGAAAUUCUGGAGGAGCUGCCAACACCCAAGUUUUGCUUUGGAGGAAGAAUUGGAAACAGUGUAACAGCAUUGGUUUUCCAAAGGAAAAAAGUGAGGCCAUCCAUCUUGGACAAAUUAGAUUAGAUGAGAAAAGUCUGAACUUUAAACCUGACAGAAAACCUCAGACACGUGUGUAAAUAAAUGCUUUUUGAGUGCACAGUAAAAUACUAUGUAUGGAGCUCUAAGGGACUAUAAAACAUUGCCCUAGAAACAUUUCAGCUUUGCAUAAUUUGCCCAUAAAUUAUGUCCUUGCUACAACCUCAUUUGUUUUAGGGAAGCUGCAGGUUUGUAAGAGAGAGGGAAAUCAGAUGUGCUGAAUACAGAGACCAAUAUAACUGAAUGAUAUUUCUGUUUGAAACAUAAAGAUUAUCUGAUAUUUAAUUUCUGUUCUGGUAAGCAGUGACCUAUAGAGGUAAAUAUAUCCUACAAAGCAAAAAUCUCAUUUCUCUGUUUGUGCAGUGGAAUAGGGAACAAGCUUUUGCAAUGUAAGUGCUGGAUCUUUAAUGAACAUGAGGGUAGGAGGGAAAUGAAUACAAAAUCCACAGCACUUUCAAAAAAGGACCAGUUGAUACUCUAUAUUCAGAUUUUCUGAGGUUCUCAGCAUAAUUGUGUCUCCUCUGAAGUAGCUCAGCUCUUUUCCCACAGAGAGAGUGUUUUUAAGUCUCCCUUUCCUGAGUGUGUUCAUGCCUGGUCAGUUCCUUUCCCUGAUCUUAUGAAUACAUAAAGGUGUGAUGUUGCAGCCUCUGGUGUGUGACAUAUGCCUCCUUCAUUAUUAACCUCCUAUACAGGAAUGUCUUUAGAGCCACAAUGAUAAGAAGUUUUCCAGUAAAUUUCUCAGGAUGAAUUUUAACUGCAUAAAUCCAAAAGAAUUCAAAGCAUAACUGGCCAUUCCUUGUUCCUUUUUUUAGUAUGUAUUUUUUUAACCUUCAGUGUGGACUUCUUUUGCUCAAUUUCGUUGCUUUCAUUUCUUCUGUUUUGUAAUCUCAGAAUAUUGCUGUUGCUUGAAAGGCAGGAAAAUGAGAUUUCUUCAUGCCUCAACAAACACAUUUGCAGGUGACAAUAAACUUGUUCUUUCAAACAUCAAGGAGGCCCUCUUAGGCAAUCAGGUUUUGUUUCACAGGCAAGGUCAUGUUUGCUUAUCAGGGAAUUGCUUCUCCUCGUUCCCAGGGCUGAGGAGAUCUUUAAGGGUCAAUAAAUACUUCCAGUCCUUUCCCAGGAUAGGAAUCAAGGCAUUAUUUUGUACAGUGGUGAGUCCUCCCUCUGUGAUCCAUCUGUUGAUGUCUUCAAGGUAGGAAUCCUACUGCUGCAUGAUUUUGCAAAAUGAAAUGUGUUCAAUUGGGAGAAUGGUUUAUCAGCAGUGAUGAAAAAAUUCAGUCCCAGAAUAAUUCUUUGCAUAUUUGGUCAGACUUGGGUUCUAACCUGGGUGCCAAAACCAAGGGCUUGUUACCAUUUGGGUAACUGUUGUAGUCCUGUGUUCUGCCCCAGCCCAGCAGCCAGCUGGAAUGCUAGGAAAUGUAACUGGGAAUCCAAACAGAGGAUUUGUUUUAGCAAAUGUAACUGGGAAUACAAACAGAGGACUUUUUUUAGCAUAGUAGUACAAAGGAUUCAAAGUACACUACUGAUAACAGCCUCUGUAAAAAGCCUGUGACAUUUUUGGCAUCAGGUAGAGUUAAUACAAGGAAAUUUUAAUUUUCAAGGACUCUGGCAGGAUGUGUUUUGGGCAUCUGUUUUAGUCCCAUCUGUAAUUUUUGCUAAUGAAGGCAUGAUGUGUAUUUAAUCAUGGGAUGAAAAUAAAAUCAGGACUGUCAUGGA